AUGAAAAGACAAUUCAGCAUCCCAGAUUUAUCUGAAAAGAAAUUUUUGGAAUGGAAAGUGGAUGCCAUGAUGAAUUUGAAAGCUCAAGGGUUGGAGCACACUGUUAAAGAUAAUAAAAGUCCCUCUGGUCAAGCAACUGAUGCUACCACUUCUGCAACGACGGUUGUAAAACCUGUAACUGAACAAGAAAAGGCAAAAGCGUUAGUGUUACUAAGGCAUCAUUUACAUGAAAGCCUUAAAACUGAGUACAUGAUGGAUUUCAAAUCUGUAAUUGAUUACAAUUCAGCUAUACAUGAGAUAGUAUCUAUACUGAGAUACUGUGAUCAUCCGGUCACCGAUGAACAGAUGAUUGAAAAAACAUUCACUACCUUUCAUGCAAGCAACAUACUGUUGCAAGAACAAUAUCAUGAAAGAGAUUUCAAAAAGUUUAAUGAAUUGAUGAGUGUAUUGGUUGUUGUUGAACAAAAUAAUAAUCUUUUGUUGAAAAAUCAUAAUCUUAGACCAACUGGGUCUUUGGACACUCAUGAGACAAAUGCCACAAAUUCUUAUCCACCCGAGGCAAAUGCUACACAAAGAGGUGGACGUGGUAGAAAUAAUUUUCAAAGAAACAGUAAUUUCAUAAAUUCUGAGAAACAGAAGGGACAAUCAUUUGGAAGCCACAAACAAACUCCUUUAAAAGGAAAAGACACAUGUUACAGAUGUGGCAUGACAUGGCAUUGGGGACGUACUUAUCGUACGGCUAAACAUUUGGUAGAUCUUUACUAG